GAGCCAGUGUGGCAAAAUGUUGCCGAUCAGUCAGAGCCCCAGUGUCAUCCGGGGUCCCGGGUAUUGACCGGGACGUAGGUCGAGAGUUACAUCAACAUCUCGGCGCGUUCAUCAUCGCCCACUGUCUCUCACUCUCACCCUCGCCGUCCACAAUGCUAGAGUACCUCUACGUCUGCAGACACGGGUUCCGGACCAACUGGACCAACUCGGGCAUGAUGAAGGGGCCGACGGGGGUGAUCCGCGACUUUCCACUCACGGUGUACGGGCACACGCAGGCGGCCGAGCUGGGCGCCUUCCUCUCCUCCCCGGACCGCACGGCGCCGCACCCGCCGCCAGAACGCGUCAUCUCGUCGCCGUUCAUCCGGUGCGUGGCGACGAGCGCCCCCACAGCCGCAGCCUUGACCCGCGCGGGCAAGAACGGCGCCAUCGCCAUCGACCACGGCGUGAUGGAGUACUACGGCACCACGCCGGCCAACACGGGCCUGCACCCGCGCCCGGCGCCCAACGGCGCCGCGGACCUCGACCAGUUCUAUCCUGGGAUGCUGGACGAGGAGUACGGGAGCACGCUUUACCCGUCGCGCCAUGGCGAGCGCGUGCGCGACGUGUUUGCGCGUGCCGAGCUGUUCGCGGACACGUGGGUCGGGCGCAUGGACGAGGAGGGGGUGCGCAGCGCCGUGGUCUUCUCGCACGCUGCCAUUGUUAUUGCGUUGGGGCGGGUGCUCACCGGCGACCUCUCACUGCAAGUGUCCGCGGCGUGUGCCGCGACCUCGCUGUACCGCCGUAAACCCGGCACGCUGGGCGGCGCAGGCGACUGGGAGCGCGUGUAUGACGGCAGGGCCGACUACCUCCCCAACGGCGCCGAGCGGGACUGGAGCUGGGAGCAGGUCGGCAUCGAGACGCUCGACGACGGUGACACUGUUUGGGACGAAGGCGACAUGCAGCCCUACACCCCGGCCGACGACCUGCCUGUCGGCCUCGCGCCGGGCAUGGACAAGUACCUCCGCGGACGGAGCGUCGUGUAUGACCCGCCUAAGGAGGCGACGAUACGUCCUCCGGUUUCGCGGCUAUAGAAGCACAAGAAGAAGACAAGCAGGUAGUAGCAUGCAGCAUGAAGCAUUUGGUU